CCAGAGCCUCUCUCUCUCUCUCUCUCUCUCUCUCUCUCUCUCUCUCUCUCUCACCAUGACAGCACUGAGCUCCUCCCUCUGCAUUUCACCCACGAAACCUUCAUGUCCACAGCAACAAAGCACGAUCUUAACAGUAAAACCCACAAUCAAAUCGCCAUUGAAGCACAACCCUCUUUACACAGUCGCGGAUCAAACCCUAACUCAUCAGAUGAAGGAGAAGAUCCUGUGUCUCGAACUCAUGGGCAUCGACUCGGGGAAAGCCCUCUCUCUGAACCCUUCUCUCCGCUCAGCCUCUCUCCAGUCCAUAGAAUCCGUCCUCCACUUCCUCCAAUCCAAAGGAAUCUACCCGCAAGACCUUCCAAGAAUCUUGGGGAUGUGUCCUAAGAUACUCACAUCGGACAUCAGGACAGAACUCAACCCUGUGUUUGUGUUCCUGUCGGCUGCGCUCAACGUUCCAGAGAGCGAGUUCAGGAGGGUCAUCAAGAAAUGUCCGAGGUUGCUGAGUUGCAGUGUCGAAGACCAGUUAAAGCCUGCUCUUUUCUACUUGCAGAGGCUUGGUUUCAAUGAUCUCGAGGCUUUGGCUUAUCAAGAUCCUGUCUUGUUGGUCUCCAGUGUCGAACACACUCUCAUCCCAAAGCUCAGGUUCUUGGAGAGUAAAGGGUUCUCGAGAUCAGAGGCAAUAGGAAUGAUCCUGAGAUGUCCGGCUCUGUUCACAUUCAGCGUGGAGAACAACUUCGUACCCAAGUUGGAGUAUUUCGUGUCGGAGAUGGGAGGAAAGCUCGAGGAUCUGAAGGGGUUUCCGCAGUAUUUCACCUUCAGUCUGGAGAAGAGGAUAAGGCCGAGGCAUUUGGAAGCGGCGGAGAGAGGCAUAGACUUGCCAUUGCCGCUGAUGCUCAAGUCCACUGAUGAUGAGUUCAAGCAAUUGCUCAUCAUCACUAAACCCUCUCCCUCUUCUUCUCCUUCCCAUUCUUAGUUUCAGUGUCAAUUAUGUCAUAUAAAUCAUAUGGAGCUGUCACCAUGUUGAUUGUUGUGUUCAUAGCUAACAUGUAAAUGACACGUCCAAAUUUGGUUAGAUCAACUGGUGAAACAGGGUGAGGUACAAAA